GAGGCACCCGUGUAGAGGUACGGUACGUGACCGGCGGUUGAGCUCUCCUCCCGGCUGCAGGUGAGGUCAGAUGCGGAGGAAAGGAGCGGAGGGCAUCUGCUGACAGGUAGAAAUACUUUAACGAGCCGCUAAAAUGGAUCGAAUGGAGGAGAAUAAAUCAGCACUGACCGACAGCCUGAUCAUUUGGGUGAGUUUCAAUUCAAUAUUUGGCCAAGGUUAACCGUAAUCAUGGAGGUGUUUACCUGUCCUUACGUUCAGGUGGGGGUGUUGCUGUGUUCAAGGUGAGGCAACGUGAAGCUAAAAUUAACUUAAGGUCGAUGGAUCAAUCAAUAAAUGUGAACCCGCAGUUUCUUUUUGCUUUGUUUCGCUACUCUUGUAGGUCUGUUGCGACAUAUGAGUUAGCUCCGCGGGCUAACAAACAUAAAGCUAACACCUCCUCCUCCUCAGACACAUCAACCUGCAGUGGAUUUAAGGUGUUAAUCCAGUUAACCUGCAGAUAUUUGUAGACUCUUGUUCGCUGGAUCUAUUGUUAACAUUAUAUAACUGAUUAAAUAUAGAAAGCCAAACCUGCAGCAGGUACAAAUCUACAUUAAGACAAUAGGAGGGGCUAACGCCGGUGCACCUGCUUCUUAGUAAAGAGACCUGUGAACAGGGGCGUGUCUAUGGGGAGGGAGUGGGGGCACCAGGGUUCUGACUUACACAGAGGGAUUGUUUACACACUCAUUAAAAUAAUUUUCAACCUUUUUCAGUCUACCCUUAGGUAUGUUACAGAGAUAAUCAUAUCUGCUGAGCCUACCAAAGUUUAACUAUGUCCAAAACUAUGACCCCGAGAUAGGAGACAGCUUCUGUGGCCUAUUCUGCCAAAUACAGGAUUUAUUUUGCAUGUACAAAAUGUCCAAGCAGUUAACAUAUGAUGUGGAGUAAAUGCAACUGCAUUUGCACUUUUCAGGGGUUCCACUAAGCCUGGGCAAUUUGGCAAAAAAAAAAAGAUCACAAUAUAUUUUGUCAUAUCGUCCGAUCUCGAUUAUAAUCACAAUUUUUUUUUAAACUGCCAGUUUUAAAGCAUAUGUACUAAAAACUAAAGAAACUAGAGAUUAGUUCAACAUCUUAUUAACAUACAAAGCAAACUGAAUAAGAUACACUUAGAAAAAUAUAUUUAUUAAAAAUAUUUUUCAAAUAUUUUAACUCAACAGUACAACAAAUGUAGAUGAAUGCUAAAUGAUACAGUGAAUUAGUUUACAGUCCUGAGUGUUUUUUUGCAGGUAUGCAAGACCCAAAAUAAACAAGUCGCCCCCUCGGAGAUCACGUAGAUGCCUUAAAAUGUAAACAUUAGAUGAUGUAAAUGUAGAUGAUACAAUUGACUGCUGCUUUAGUCUGGUGGCUGCCUCGCUAGUUGUGGCUAAAAUGCUAAUUCUACUCGUUGGCAGUAACAGGCUGUGAUUUCUAACUAAAAAGACAUGUCAGUUUCAGGCCUUGAUCACGUCAUGAUGAGCAGGUUAUCUCUGACAGCCCUACAUUUAGGCUCUAUUUUUUGAAAUAUUUGGUUCUAAAAUGCUGCAGUUUUCUGAUGAACCAAUCCUCAUGCAGCCAUCUCAUCUAAUCGAAUCUCAUCUAAUCUGUUUGACACAAAGUUCAUGCUAAUUUAAAUUAACUCGAGUGUUCAGUCAUUUUUUAAGUGAAAUUUGCAAUUCAGUCAUGGUGUCAUUGUUUUCCAUCACCACUGAAGCAUAAAGGUGCAUCAGCAGCUGAACUACAGUGUCUUAAUAGCAUGGGAUAUAAAAAAAAAACAAAAAAUAAACAUUAAUUUCAGAAUCUUAUUUUGGUUCUCAAACAUUGCAAUUUUCUCGUGGUUCCUCUCCUGUGCACCUGCUAAUGAAUAAAUGAAUGGGUGAAGCUUUUUUGUACAAUUUAAACCACAAACAAACAAGAAAAGUACCAUCUGAAGUGCAAAGAAACUACUCAAAAAAGCCCAUCUCUUUCAUUUUCACUCAUCUGUCAGAGGUUAGGGUGCAUGCUACUCCUGUCUACCCCUGGAACAGCCCUUGACCAUUAAAUGUACAAGACAGGCCGAUUUAGAGUCAAAGUUUCUGAAUUACUGUCGCUGUAUGUGACCAGCUCAGCAGAUGAUCACACAAAAAACACAGCUAGAGGAACAAAAAAGUGCAAAACCAGUUUUAAAGUUCCUCCAGAAAGCUCUCAGUGGGAAGUAAUGCAGCUCUAGGCUUUUAUAAAACAGGACCAGAACUCAAGAGUGUAUUGUGAGAAGGUAACUUAACACCUGCAGUCUCCAGGUCUUAUUAUCAGGUGUGGUUGCAGGUUCACAGGCUCUUUUAUGCGAUCAGAUUUCAGAGAUAGUUUUGUUUCAAACAGCUUUUUCUACAUGUCUCCACCUCCUGAAAAUAAACAAACACACAUAAACCUCUGAUGUGGAAACUUUCUACCUCUCAGCUGCAGACCUUCAACACUCCUGCCCCGUGUAGGACAGUGGAGGAACUGACCACCGGAGCAGGAAUAUCACAGGCCCUACAUCAAAUGUGAGAUCACACACAUAUACACACACAAACUCACACACACACAGAAAUGAAGUGGUUUCAAGGUAAGUCAUAGAAGCACAACUGUAGCAAGAGUUAAAAGUGUAGAUAAAUCGAUAAAUCUAUCAAGCUUGACUCAGUUUGCUUUCAUGGGGCACGCAAAGGUACAAACAAGUGAGUUCAGUUUAUUCCUCAGUGUUGAAGUCUCAUUUUGGUACUUUUUGUGACCCAGAGGGACACAAAUACAACACAACAUUUUUCUUCUUUUAUUAGCAACUUAAGUUUUACACAUAGUCCGAAUUGCAGAAUAGACAGUUCAAGAUGUAUGCCUGCUCAGAUUUCAUUUUUUUAAAGCUACUGUGAGGAGUUUUUAACUGGCUAACAAACAGACUGAAAAUGAUGCUGAUACCUCUUUGUGACCUUCAAAGACAAACUAAACCAUCAGCAGUGGGGCUAAUAAUUUUCCUGUUGUAACGUUAAUGAAUGAAACUACUGUCAGGGGGUAGGUGUCAGACCAGAUGAUGGACAGCAGGCUAAAGCAAUCUUUUUCACAUUGAUCAUAUGGCAAAUACUCACAGUGAGGGAUACAUUUUACUGUGAAAAGACAACAGAAUGAGGUUUUUGUCUGAAGACACUGCUCCACAUGUACAGAGCAAAAGUUAAGAGGUGUCUCUUUGUCCACAGAGGGCGGCAAAAUCAACACAAACCAAAAGUUCCUCAUAGAAGCCUUAAUGUUAAAAAAUUAUGAAGAAAUAAAAUUCAAUUUUAAAAAAGACUGCUGUAGGAGUUAAAAUUAUCCCUCACCAAGUGGCAAAUCUUGUGAGGUUUUCUGUUUGACAAAUUAAUUUUAGAGUGCUGUUCGCACCAUUCAAGGACCAUAGUCUAAAUAUAAUAAAACAGUCUAGGGUUAGUACUAAAACUUUCUUUACAUGCUUGAGCUAUAUGUCCAUGGUUUGUUAUUAUUGUUUCAUGACAUUUUAGACCUUUUUCCCCCUCCUCCAAGUCAAUCAGAGCUCCUAACUAUAGCUGUGUGUGUGUUUGCAGAGACCCGGCCUGGUUCACAGAUGCCUGGCUCGGUCGUAUCAAAACUGACGUAGAGGAUAACUGGAGACUGAAGGUACAGAGCAGCGCUGUCUGCUGACCUCUCUGCUUUCUGCUUAACCUUCUGUUUGACCUUUGACCUCACUGACCUCAUGAACCUAGCUUUCUGGCCUUAGCUUGUGGGAGGUUUAUGUUUGCAUAAACUGAUGCAUACUUUAACUACAGCAAGUCAGACUCUAAUAACAGAUCCUCACCAUCAGUGAAGUGCCCAGAUGUUAGACUGACAUCAUUAGUCUAUCUGCAUGAGUUGCUGUGAGGUUUGGGCACUUUGUGUGCAUAACAAAUGAUUAAACAUAAGUAGCCAAUCAAUCAAACCUGAGGGCGAUCAGCUCCUGCAGGGUGGAGACAAAGAUAAGUUCUUUGUGACACAGGCUGCAAUUUAAAGGGGGCUUUCCAUUCAGGCUGGACUUGCGCCGGGAUCCCGCUGCAUGCGGAUCCGCUAGGCUCCACUCUGGAAUGGCAGGCAGAUCAAAAUCGCGAGGAUACAGUGCCCACUGGAUCCGAUUCGCUGCCGCAAGCGGAGGAGAAGCACUUGCGGUAUUACCAAUAUUGUAUUUCUCGUGGGACUGGAGGAGAUCUCAGGAGAUCUUGCGUGUUUCACUGUGAGACAUUGAAUGAGAUCAGCGGCGAACAUACCACCCACAUCCCAUAACUCUGGCCCCUCCUAUUAUCACAUGAAGAACAGUUCAAUGUUUUGACUUUAUUUUAUUUUGAAAAUUUACCAGAUAUUUUACUUUGUAGCUGCACACAACUUACGCUGCCGCUCGGGCUGCGCUAAACUGAAUUGAUGCGCUGUGCUGCGGUGUCCGGCAAAAAUAGAAGCCUUGCAUAUCUGUUCCGACUGCUGGAGUAGAUCCGCAGCGGAGCCAGAUGGCUAAGGUAUUGUGUGGAAUCACACACAUUGAUUAUAAAGCUUGAGUAUUUGAUCAGGCUGCCGUUCAGGAGUGGAGCACAGCUGUUCUGUAUCCUGUGGUAUUAAACCACAACCCAACACAGCAGAACUUAAAAUCAACCCUCUAUCUGAGUAGUGUCCUAUUACAGGUUACUCUCAAUUGUCAGUCAUACUGUAAACAAGAUGCACUGCCAUUGGGUUUCAGGAUUUCUUAAUCUCAAUUCACUGACUAGUCUGACUUUCUAAACCUGCAUCUGCUCCUUAUUCAGUGUAAAAGUUACACAAACAGCGCUCUACUCUAACUGAUGCACAGGGCAGAGCUAUCAGCUCUUUGUCAGAUGUAAAGUCUCAGUGAGGUUUACUCCCAGCUCUGUUCUCAGCUCCAGGUUUGGUUCAUGUUGGACUCACUAAGACACUGGAUCAGAAAAGAGUUCAUGUAUAGGAUUAUUAAUUCUUCAAGACAUAUGAUUGUUAGGCCUUAGAAACAUGAGUAAAUAAUAUUAAACUUUUUUUGUAUUCUCAGAUGAACAACCUGAAGAAGAUCCUUCAGAUGGUGCUGGACUAUUAUAAUGAGGUGGGUGGUUCUGGUGGUUUGUGAAACUGGGUGUGUGAUUCUCUGCAGAAGGAAAAACAGGCUGCAAAUGUAAAAACACUUGCACAAAUCCAAAACAAAUAUUAGAUUUGCAUUGUUUUCUUUUUGCAUAGGUUUUUCUGGUUUUGUAUGUUUUUUCAAAUCUUUCAUUGUGUAUUGAGCAGGUUCACUAAUAAUGCAGUCGUUGUAUGCAGGUGCAGCACGUUUCCAAGGUUGCAUUUGUUUUGGAUUUUUCCAUGUUUUUCCACUUUGCACCAUUCUUGAAUUUGCAGCAUGUUUCUCCUAAUGAAGAUAGUCUGGGCCGUUGCAGAUUGGCUGCUCUUGUUGCUAAAUCUCAGAGGGAUCAGAUCAACUUUUGACAUCUACAGUAUACUGGGACAGACAGACUGACCAAUGGUUACAGUACCUAUAAAUAUUGACAGAUUUUGUGCAAUAUCAGCAUUAACAAUCGAAAUAAUACUAAUAUAAGAGGCACAGUCCAAUGUAAGACUGAUAAAAGUUUAUUCCAGAAGCAGUAAGACAGGAACCUACAAGACAAGGAAGCUAAUUAUAAAUGCAUGGUCUUCUUUUUUAGACCAUUUUGAGAUGAGAUGAACUUGUUUGUGAUGUGGCAAAAUAGCUGUGUUUGAAGUUUGUGUGAUGUGGAGGGUCAACAACAAAUCCUAGUCUACAUACACAUUAAACCACAACUUAAACUCUGAUAAUGUAGGGAGGGAUAUAAAUAUAUAAGUGUUUGAUCUAUCACUCAGCUGUUUCCAGGCUGGGUUUAAAAUCCCUCUGGUCUCUGUGGACCUGCAGGUCUUGACUCAGGAUAUCUCAGACUUUCCUUUCCCUGAUCUGGCCCUGGUGGCGGAGCGUUCAGACCCUGUGGAGCUGGGGAGGCUGCUGCAGCUUGUGCUGGGCUGUGCAGUAAACUGUGAGAGAAAAAAAGGUGUGUGUGCUGGUUAAACAUUACAGCUGGAGUCUUACACAAACAUUCGUCCUUACACACCCACUGAAAGGACUGAACGUGAAGAGAAGAAAUUACUAUACUUGUAUUUCUCUGCCAACCUGCUGUAAAGACCUGAUCACUCAUGAUGUAGGAUAUUCAUGUAACUGACUGAUGUGUCUCCCUCUGCUCACAGAGUACGUUGGGAUCAUCAUGACCUUGGAGGAAUCUGUGCAGCACAUGGUCAUGACCGCCAUCCAGGAGGUCAGUUCCACCUCACACACAAACUGAGAGAAGUUAAAGGGAUCAAUAACAGAAAACAUGAACAACUAUAUUACUCAAUUAUAUGAAAUAAGUGGAAGCAACAACAGUGAAACACACACAUUGGAUAUGUUUAAAGAGAUCAAACAGCUUUAAUAGUGUCCUGAUAGCAUCAAGUUAUGAAAACUGUAACAAUAAUAUGACUCUACACAUCAGAGGUGUUAAAGGGAUCAACAACAGCUUCUUUAAAAAUAUAAAAACUUUACAAUCAACACCUUUCUGAUCCAGUGUCUGCUCACAGCAUUAAAAAUAUAUCAAUAACAGACAUUUAGAGAAGUUUUAGCAAAGCAGUGACAAUUUCUCAUAAUAAUGUGAUAUGCUGCAGAAGUUAUGACAAAACGCUGUGAAUUACAACAAAAAUAAUGGUGUGUGAAGAUAAAAUACACAUGUACAGAUGGUCAGUAAGAGUUUGAACAAGUACCUGUGCUCAGGUAUCAGCAGUGUAACAAACAGAGUUUGAAAUUGUCAUGGUCUGUUAAAGGUUUGAUAACAGCGCUCAAGGCAGUAGAGGUUAGACUUCAGUCUGUUUCGGUAAAAAAAAAAUUAAGAACAUUUGUUAAAUGUUAAUGUAAUUAUUUUUUUCCCCUCAGCUCAUGAGUAAAGACUCUGCCAGCCCAUUUGGAGCAAGCUCUGGAGACCUGGAGCAACAGGUCAGUUUGUUUACUGAUCGUACUGACAUUAUCUGACAUUAUUCAAAUCUGUUCUUCCUCCCUUUAAACUAUGUAUCCUAGUGAAGCUACUGUAAGGUUGUCAGAUUGAAAGCCGUAAAGAGUUUAUGAAAAAAAAUGUCUGCUUUUCCAAACUGAUCUGCUGGAGUGAGGAGGAGUAUGGGGAAGAGUGUUGACAGUUAGAUCAUCCCCCUGAAAAUUAAAGUCAUUCAGAGUCCUCCAUGUCAGUCAAACUAAAGCUAAAGGCCAGAGAAAAGCUGCGCACAAGAGAAGUUUUUGAGUUUGUGUUGAUUUUAUUUUUUAAUCUUGUGCAGCUGAAAAAAGCUCUGGAGGAUCUUUCUGAACUUCUGGCAGAAAAAGAAGCUUUAAAUCAGCGCUGUGAGGAGCUCGACAUGCAGGUGAACACACACUCACACACUGAUGUGGACUUUGCAGGUCCUGCUGGUCCUGUUCUUUAGUCCGGUCUGACUGAAGUCCUCCAUCAGGACUGUAAAGACUCAGUUUAACUGUGAAUGCAUGUUGAACUCUCAACAGAUGUGUCUCACCUGAGGCUGCAGGAAGGUGAGUCCAAUAUGGCCGCCCGAGAACUAAACCCUGAAAAGCAGUUGCUACUGCUAACAGAAGCUAACAGAUGCUAACAAAAGCUAACAGCAAGACAUUGUUCAUAAUCUGUAAUAACUGACCAAUAACCCCUGUGUUGUUUUUGUCAACAGAGAGACUUUGAAAAGCUGCUGAAGCUUUGCUCAAACAGUUUUUGUUAAUAGUAAAAUGAAUUAGUGUACAGCUACCGCUAAUAAGACUUAAACAGUGCUCAAAUGGUUAAUAAGUGCUGGAAAUUCAGUUUUCAGUUAUUUGAUGCACUUUCUUUGCACUACUUUCAAUAAACAUCAACAUUUUAUACAGUGUUCUAACUUCUCUGAAGUCAGGGUUGUAGUUAACAGUUUGGUUUUGUGUGUUUUUAACUAACAUUAACAACAUGUUUGUAUAUAAAUGUAUUAAUUAAUUUUUGCUCUAACAGCCUGGACGUGGGAAGGAGGUUGUCUUGUGUGUGUGAUGCUCAGCAGUAAAUUUGUAACCUUGCAUGAAAAGUGUGAUAUCACCUCUUAAUUAUUCUUGCUCUUGUGAGACCGAUAAAAAAAUGUUAUCAUUGCUGACAGCAUGUCUGCACUUCAGUGCAUCCAAACUUGACUAGACCUGAAAUUCAUCGUACCUCAACCCUGGUGCUCCUAAAUCUGACUGUACCUUAACUGUGGUUGACUUCAAUCCCACUGUACCUGAUGCAGACUGUAUCAGGGUCUAACUUUGCCUGAACACGACUUUAAAUGAACCCUGGUAUAUCUAAACUCAAAGGAACUUGAAUACGACUGAAUUUGAACCCAAAUGCACCUGAACCUACUUAACAGGGAACCUUUUGUAACCAAACCUGAAUGCAUGAGGACUUUGGGGUGUGUUGACCCCAGUAUACUUAAACAGUGAUGUACCUGACUCGAAGUUUUCCUGAACUCCAGUGUGUCUGAAUUCAGCUGUAUGUUAACCCUGUUGUACCUGAAACUUGGUGUACCACAACCUAGCUUUACCUGAACCCUGAUAUUCCUGUACCUGAGUGUACCUGAACCUGAACAUACCUCCACAGGUGGCUGUUCUUCAGGAAGAACGGAACAGCCUUUUGGCAGAGAACGAUGUCCUGACAGACCGAGCCAAUCAGCUGGACACAUUUGAUGACCCCAGCACACCGUCAGGACGGAAACACAGCCAGCUGCAGCAGCAGGUUGAGGCUCUGCAGGAGGAGAACUUCAGGUGAUUCAUUAGAAACACACUGUGAGAGUUGAAGCUGUUGGAGCAAAUUUUACCUGAUUAAAAAAAUAAAUAAAAUAAAAUCCAAACUGGUUGUAUAAAUGUUACUCAAUAUAAGAUAACUUAAGCUUGAGCAAAACCAGUCUGGACCGGCUUGAACCAGUUUUAAACAGUUUGAAUAAACCAUAUGAAGCCAGUUGUAAAUGUCCAAAUCGGUUUUACCUUAUCUUAUACUCAGUGAAACCAGUCUGAACCUGUGUCCAGUCUAAAUCAAAUAAGUCCUGUUUUAAAAUCAGUCCCAAACAGUUGUACAAGUCUCACCAGUCUAAAGCCAAACUUAACUUGUGUCAAAGCAGUCAUGACCAAUUUGAACCAGUCUGAACCAGUCUAAUCUAGUUCUCAUCAGUCUGAGUUUAACAUAUUGAACCAGUAAUACAUUCCCAACCAGUCUUAAGUCAAUCAUAGCUUGUGUAACACCAGCCUAAACCAGUCCAAACCAGUUUGAUCCAGUCUCAAACCAUCUAAACUACUCUGGACCGGUCUAAACUGGUCUUAAUCUGUCUGUUUACCCCCUCAGGCUGGAGGCAGCCAAAGAUGACUACAGAAUCCACUGUGAGGACCUGGAGAAACAGCUGAUCGAGGUUCAGCACAGAAACGACGAACUGACCAGUCUGGCUGAAGAAUCUCGAGCUCUGAAAGAUGAACUUGACGUUCUGAGGUUUGUUUAGAGAGGUUUUAACCAAGUUGAAGUUUGUUUUUAUUUUUUAUUAUUAUAAGAGUGAGCUCAAAGGAAAGGGAGGAUUUUAUUUAAUCAGCGUAGAGUCUGUCAAGCAGAUUGAUAAUAAAUAAUGUUAAACAGAUAGUUUAACAAGAGAUAAACACCUGCUCUCCUUGUAUUUGAAGUCCCACACGACUAUCCAUUAAAAAUGAUAUCUUUCAUUGAUUUUGCCUCCUUGUAGAAACUGCUCUGACCGUGUGGUGAUGCUGGAGGCUUCAGUGGAAACGUACAAACGUAAACUGGAGAAUCUGGGAGACCUGAAGAGGCAGAUGAAGCUGCUGGAGGAGAACAACAUGACCUACAUGCAAAACACCUUCAGCCUGGAGGAGGAACUGCGCAAAGCUAAUGCCGCCCGUGCUCAACUGGAGACAUAUAAGAGACAGGUCAGUGUGAACAACAAAAGAGCUGAUUUCUGAUGAGGAGGCGCUGAUUUAUUUAACAUCUUUAGCUGUUGAGGACCAAAAUUUAAGCACCAGAAAUAACGGUUUCAUGAAGCGAGCUUUCCUCUCAUGUUUGUGCACCAACCAGGUUUCUUACAUCCUUAGAAAAAAUGAGAAAAAACUGUAGUGUCAUGAAUCAUAUCAUGAAUGGAGUGUUAUCACUACAUCCCCUUUUUUCAAGUCGUAGGGGAAUCUCUUCAUACAUUUAGGUUAAGAAAUAUAGAGUAAUUAUCUUUUAGUAAGAAGCUACAAAUAAUCUAGGUUGGCCUGCUCCUGCAGCCCCACGACCCUGAGAUUGUAAGCAAGGCUGUCUUGCAGGAGCCUGAACUAUCUGUCUGGUGGAACAUUUAAUCUCUGCAAGGGUCAAGAUGAGCCUAAACAAAGUGUCGUGGGGCAGACAUGUCGUCAUGGGCAGCCUUCUGCACACACACACACACACACACACACACACACACACACACACACACACACACACACACACACACACACACACACACACACACACACACACACACACACACACACACUCAUAAAAGCUAGGGAGGCUUCCCUUGGUCUUGGUCGAGACUCUGUUUGUCAUCUGUACCAGUUUCUACAUCUGUACAAUAAAAGACGCCCAGGCUGUUCUUCAGAUCUCAUCCUGUCUCCUGCGCAUUGUUUAUGCUGGAUUUUCCACAACAAGUUAUGCUCACUUUAUAUAUAACCUCAUCUUCUAAUCCCGUAAAUGUCCAUCAGGUUCAGGAGCUGCACAACAAACUGUCUGAGGAGACGAGGCGAGCAGAUAAUCUGGCCUUCGAGAUGAAGAAGUUGGAGGAAAAGCACGAGACAGUGAUCAAGGAGAAAGAGGUAACACAACUGCUACUGUUACACCUGUUGACGUUUAUCGCCAUAUUUAACAUCAAGAUCAGUCUGUCAUUAUGACUAUUAUAAAUGGUACACAUACUUCCUUCAUUGUUAUCUGUCUUAUUUUACUAGAUGAGACCAAAACUUAUCUUGAUGUUGGGUCUCUGUUAUUGGUAAUACAAAGAGUAUGGUCCAGACCUGCUGAAGCUUAUGGCAUUUACCUGAAAAUGAAAAUCCUAAUGUGAUAACUGUCUUGUUCAGCCAGAAAGCUGAUUAAUGGUCCAGGACCCCCUCACUCUGGGGGGUGUUGCAACUGUAGUAGAAUAUUUUCAUACAUUUAGGUCAAGAAAUAUAGAGUGAUUAUCUUUUAUUAAGGGGUUACAAAUAAUCUGGGUUGGCCUACUUGUGCAGCCUCAUAACUGAGAGGUUGUAAGUAAGGCUGUUUUGCAGGGACCAAAACUAUCUGUCUGCCAGAGCCUUUAAAACUAAUCUCUGGGAGAGUUCAGAGGAUAGAUAUAAUGUACCCAUGAUGACGGAAGACUCAUGCACACACAUACACACACAUAUUAGCGGAAAAAGCAGAACACAAUGAUUGUAUUAGAAGUACAAGCAGUACACAAUGACUGUAUUCAGAUACACACCUAACAGUGUAAAAGGGACUAGAAGAAAAGCUUAGGAGGGCUUGGUUUCUACAUCUGUACAAUAAAAGACGCCCAGACUGCUCUUCAGUGCUCAUCCUGUCUCCUGUGCAUUGUUUCACUGAGUUUAUGCUGAUUUUCCACUAUUUGUAGCUUUCUUUUCCUUUCAACUUUGCACAUUUUGACUAUUUUACAACUUUGAGAGUAAACUCAAGUAUUCUAAAAUGGUGAUUGAUCGUGAUUCCCUUUGAAUUUACUAGUCUUGUCACAUAAAACACAAACUCCAAACUCCAACGCUAACUCCCGUUUCUCUCCUGCAGAGGAUCAUCAUCGAGAGAGACUCUUUGAAGGAGAUUAACGAGGAGCUGCACUGCACUCAGGCUCAACAGAAUCAGCUCUCCAAAGCAGGUCUCUCACCAAUCAUCUGAUUUGAAUCCCACUCCUAACCUUAAACAUAAUCCCAACCCUGCUCCUUUGAAUUCUAACCCCUACCAUAACUAUUGCGUUAAUCCUAAUCAUGCUAACCCUCAUCCAAAUCCUAACCCUAACGACUGCCCUAUUCCUAAUCUUACCCCUAAUCCUAGCCCUGCUGAUCCUGGCUCUAGUUUGAUAAAGUUUAUUUCUGUUUAAUGCAGGGAUGCUCCCCUCAAGCAGUCCCAGCCAUGACAACCUGGCAGCUGAAUUAAUCCCUGUGGAGUACAGGUAACCUUUCAGUGCAGGCAAUACUUUCCGACAAGAUUAAGUUUUGCAGCUACAACAUGAGUAACUGUGUGUCUUUAUAUGUGUGUUGUCGUGCAGAGAGAAGUUCAUGCGGCUGCAGCAUGAGAACAAGAUGCUGCGCGUACAGCAGGAGGAAUUUGAGCGGGAGAAGAUCGCCGCCCUGCAGGCUGAUUUAGAGGAGGCUCACAAGAGCCGAAGUGAACUGGACACAGAGAACAGGUGACCACAUUUUCUCACGGGGUUACUCUCCGCUCUGUGACUGACUCGUAAUAAAUGUUAUAUUUAAUGUUUGUCAUCUUGGUGAUGAACCCGCAGGCUGAACCUAGAGCGAGUCAUUGAGCUGCAGCAGCAAGUGGAAGAUCUUCAGAAAGCUCUGCAGAGUCAAGCUUCAAAACCUGAUGACGUGAGUAUAAGGUGUAAUAUGCAAAAAUAUGCAAUGUUAUAUAAUAUGUCAAUUUGUAUUUAAUAUGAAAACAGAACAUAACAUAGCAGAACAGUAAAAUAUAAUGUAAAGAGGCAACAAAAGAAAACAGCUUAGUCAUUUUUCAAGAUUGAUUAUUUUCCAAUCUUUUUUUUGUCUCUAAAAUAAUUUUUAGAAAGUUGUGCCAAAACUUCAAAAUAAUUUAUAAACUUCUUUUUUCAGUCUAACCUAAAGCGGAAACUUGAUGCGCACAUGUAAGUGUGAAUUUUACUUCUUGGACAACAGCUGAGUAAAGUAAAUAUUUAGUUCUUCCAGUAGAGAGCAGCAAAGAAAAGGUUCCUCCUCUUCUUCCUCAGGGUGCAGCUGAAUGAGGCUCAGGAUGAAAUCAUGAAGAAGAAGGAGCUGCUGGAGGACCUGCAGCCUGACAACACACAGACCUGUGAGUGCACAGACACAACCACACAACUACACAAAACAACACAAACACCCCUUGGCAUGUUGGGUUGAUAAGCAGAACUGUUAAGCAUGAGUUCUAUGUUAAGCUAGGCUGAAGAUAGCCAAGGUUUGUUCAAACGUGAGCCCCAGAUUUGUAAUGUUAUGGAUAUUUUGUGUUAAUAAAUGUGUUAAUAAACAUUUCUAUACAUUUUGUACUCGUGUGUUUCAGCACUGAAGCUAGACGAGUUGAUGGCGGCUCUGAAAAAGAAAGACGAUGACAUGCGAGCAAUGGAGGAGCGAUACAAGAUGUACCUGGAGAAAGCUCGGAACGUGAGGAGAUGUUAUUUUUGAUUGUCUGAUUAUGAGAGUCAUUUUUACAGCAGUUUGUUCAUUUCCCCUGAAGUGUAGUCGGUGAUUUCAGCUGUGCAAUCUGUCCUGACGGCUCCCUUUUCCUGCUUUCAGGUGAUUCGAGCCCUGGAUCCAAAGCUGAAUCCGGCCACAGCAGAGAUUCAGGCACUUAAGAAUCAGUUAGCAGACCGAGACAAACAGAUCCUGAACCUGGAGGUAAACCUGCUCCCUGAGUUUGAUGUUGAAUUUUUAUUUUUUGAACUUUCACAAUAAAAAAGUUUGGAUUUCUCUGCAGCGUCAGUGUGAACAGGCACGACUGAGAGAGUAUGAGGAGAAGAUGAUCGUCACAGCCUGGUACAACAAGGUGAAUUCAGCCAUCUUUAAACUGAGUCUGUUGUUCAGCUACACUUUAGUUAACACUCAUUGUAUAAGAUAGUUUUACUCAAACACCGAGGCCAAGUUAAGGCAGUUGUUCAUAUUGUUCAAACAGGAUUAGGAUGAUCAGGUGCAAAGACUGAGGAGGCGAGAGUAUUUGAAUGAAGGUUUACACUACAGAGACUUUGGACAGAAAAACAAACUGACAACAAAUGCACAAUGAAAUUCAGACCCAUCAGAGGUAUCGCUGUAAGAUGAAAAAUAUAUUUGUGAGCUAGAACAAAGAAAUCUCAUGCGUUGCUGUCUUGCUGGUCAGAGCUGCAUCUGGUCAAUAAAAUGGCCAUAAAUACCUGGAUACAAAGAUCAAAUAUGAGGUCCAAGCAGAGGUGAGGUCUUUCUGUCCUUCAUACACUGAGGGAGACAAAUGUGGAGAGGGAGAGACGUACAGCCCACAAAAGAGGAAAUUCCAGUUGGUAGAAAAGUGAAAAUAUGAGGGAAGCAAGAAGACACGAGUGUUAAAUUUCUUUAAGCUACUUUGGCCAUGAAUGUUCAGUUUAGUUUGGUGACAAAUACAAAUAAAUCUGUGUUUAGUCAUAGUGUUUUUCUCUGUUAAAGAUUAUUGAAUGAAAAACUUCAGAAAAGCUCAUGAGAAAUGACUUUGAGUCAGACUCACGUGUCUGUAAUUCUGUCUUCUCCUCUCACAGCAUGCCUGGACUAGCACCUUUUAGUCAAAGUUGCUUCAUUUAGAUGCAGAAUUAUCUUGCACAUUUAAAAGAGAUAGAUAGAUAAAUAGAUAGAUAGAUAUUUUUUGCACAUCUUAACACAUGCAGACCUUCAGUAGAUCAGGCCCUGGUUCUGUCACUGUCCUGGUUAUGGAUCAUCUCAGCCUGUUUUGACAAACCUGAAGCUCACAGAUUUAUUUUCAUCACUAAGCUUAUCCUCACUUUUGUUUUUCAGAGUCUGAACUUUCAGAAGCUGGCGAUUGAAUCUCGUCUCGGCGGCGGCUGCUCCUCCUCUGUAAUGACCCCCGGCCCGUCCUUCCUGUCUCAGCAGCGGCAGGUCUCCAAUGCCCCCCGCAGGGCACUCUCCGUCAGCGUGCCCACAUCCAAGUAAAACCCCACAAUUCCCCUUUAAAGUGAGCACUCAAGUGACCUUAAACACACCAGUUCUCAGCUGUGCUGGACGGAGACAAGCUUUUUUUUUCAAGUCUCUGAGACAGAAAAUUAAAGGAAUGUAGAAUAAUUUUACUUGGAAAUGAAGCCUGUAAUAUUUAAAAAUGUGAUUUUAACUUAAGAUGACUUUAGAUGAUUGUAGAUGUGAAGAUUUGGACCUUUAUUCUAUGCAGUUUAAGAGUUAAAACUGGAACAUGUUGAAAUCCAGCAGACUGAUGAAACACGUUUCAGGUUUCUUCAAAAAGGAGAGUUUUAUAUUUGGUGCUGGACACCGACAGCUUUAAGACGCAACCAUCAGUCCCAGUUUUUUACUAAAUUAAGCUGUGAAAAUCCUCAGAGCGCUCCGAAGUGAUCAACGAUGCAGCUAGUACACAAAUCACAGAUCCCUUUAUCAGGGCGAGCAAACUACUUUUCUACUCGCUCACACACUACAGGGGUUUCUAUCUGCUUAAAAUCUAGUUUAGUAAUCUAGUUUAUAAUCUGACAUGAUAAUCUGUGAUGUAAACAGCAUCAACACCAGCCUCUGAGCCAGUCUGGUCUCUCAGUUUCUUCACUCUGACAGUUUAAACUCAGCUGAUCGUGUUUAAUGAAGUUUGUGUUAAAGAGUCGAUGGAGCAGCGGAAUUUCAUCAUGAAUUAAACAUUAUAGAGUUCAGAGUUUCAUGAAAUGACUUUUGAUUGUAAGUUUGUAGAAACACUGACAACAUCUGAUAAGGAACCAUAGAGCAUUUCUGUGAAAGUAUGAAAUGGGAUGAAAUGUAGCUCAAACUAUGUGAAGGUUCUUGUUUGUGUUAAAACAAAAAAAUGAGAGUGUCUUUUUAACUUUCUAGGAAUUUAAAGAGUGAAUAAUAUACCAUACUUUGGAAAUCUUGUGAAUAAAUAAAUUCUUCUUUUUCUAAA